CAGCCCAACGAACCAACAUCCAAACAAACUCACAAAGAUGGCUAAAUCUCGUCCUACUCUUCCGAUUGCUAUCUUCCUCAUCGCUAUUUCGUCAGGUCCAUGGUUCUCGGAAUGCACAAAUUUCACUAUAGUAAACCGUUGCAAGGAGACGAUCUGGCCAGGACUUAUACCAAGCAAAAACAUCAGCACAACAGGGCUUGCUUUGAAAUCGGGCCUGUCGACAGUUUUUACUGCCCCGUCAGGAUGGCAUGGGCGUAUAUGGGGUCGAACAGGCUGCUCGUUCGACAGCUCUAACAAGGGCACUUGUCUAACUGGUGGGUGUGGUAAUGAAACAUGCUCAGUGCCCGGUAAACAGCCAGCAACGAUAGCUGAGUUCACGCUAGGCGAGCUAGAUUUCUAUGAUGUUAGCCUUGUCGGAGGCUUCAACUUACCGAUGAUUGUUACACCAGUACAAGGGAAAGGGAACUGCAGUACUGUCGGAUGUGAAGGCGACUUGAGAGACAGUUGUCCAUCAGAACUUGCUGUUAAGUCCAAUGGGAAAACGAUUGGGUGUCAAAGUGCUUGCGAUUAUUUCAAGACAGACGAGUAUUGUUGUAGGGGAACGUAUGAGAAUCCCGAGUCUUGUCAGGCAACGAAUUACUCGUCGAGUUUUAAGAAAGUUUGUCCUGCAGCAUAUAGCUAUGCUUAUGAUGCUCCUACCAGCAUGUUUACUUGCUCCAACGUGUCUGACUAUAUUGUCACCUUUUGUCCUUCAAGGAAUCAAACAGAGUGCACUUAUCACGGUCACAAGCUGGUUUGCAAUGAAUCGGGACUAAAGAUGGGAAUCGAGGCAAUAACUCGAAGUUGGUGGAUUGUGAUGCUUACUCUAUUUGCAACGGCUAGCUGACGACAAAAGGAGCAGGAAAUCUGGAGAAUUUUUUUGCUUAUUCAGAUUAUUGUUGUAUUGUUAAAUAUCGACAAAGACUAUUAGAUAACUCUUGAACUUGGCGAAAGUGUAUUUUUUACACCUGCAUUUUGUAUCAAUUUGAUAGAUUUGAAAACUGAUUCGAUACUUCACGAUGCACCUAAAGCAUCAAACACCCUUUUCCUACUAUUCAUCGAAAACCUCAUGAAGUAAGAGUACACAAAAGAGUACUAAUUGGUGUCUUAUAGAAAUAAGAAAGAUAAAAAGGUACACAUAAUUCAUAGCGUAAAAACAACGCCGCUUCGCAUCGGUCGCGUUGUAAAGGUUUUCAAAACAAAUGACCCGAUAUUUCCCGCGAAAGGUGUAAACCGUGUU